ACCUACACAGUGCACUUACAGCCUAUACACACACUCUUCAGCCAGGGAAGAGGAAGUAAGGGCAUUUCUCGGGUCUUGGUUGUUGCACCAGACUCUGCAGUGUUGUGAAAUGUUCUCGGUGUUGCUGCUCUUGUGGAACAGGUUUCUCGCCUACUAUAAAUUCUAGAGACGGCGCUAAAAAUAAUGUAGUCGUGGGCGCGCUGCGGAUUCAGACCGGAUUUGGACGGAGGGCUCGUGCGCAAAUGGAUUCGGGCUGCGUCUCAAAGCGCAUAAGUCAGACACCGGGCUCGUUCUCGCGGGGUUGCCAUGGUUACGCAUCCUCCAGCGUAUAGGCUAGAUGAAGGAUGAAUUCAGAUAUUUUCCACCACCUUUUUUAAUUAGACUCUUAGUAAUCAGGCCUGGGAAUCUGGAAAUCUUUCGCUCGGUGAUGAUGACGACGAUGAUGAUGAUGAUGAUGGUCAGUGUUGGAUGCGGACUUGCGCGAGCCUUUAAACAGAGAGAGAAACUUUUCAGCCCACAUCUGGAUGCAGCAACAGCUGGAGCUGGAAUUGGGAAGCAAGGAUCACUCGCUGUGAUGAGAGAAAGAGGCAUGGCCAUGUUUUGGAGAUUUCUCUCCGCUCUCAGCUUCGACUGUCUGAAAGGGACCCCAGCUUCAUCUCAGAGGUCAUCUAUGAAGCUGGGAUCGAGCCAGCCGUCGAGUAUGGAGAGCAGCUCGUUGACCGGCAGUUUCUCUCCAGGCUCGGACCUUCAGCCUCACUGCCAGUGCUGCAUCUCCUACGCUGCCCACCUCAGACGCCUCUCCUGUGGCCACCUGUACUGCGAGCCAUGCACCGUCCGCAUCGUCAACAUGGCCUUCGAGGACAUCGAGGGUCUGUCUGAGUACCCCUGCCCCGUCUGCAAGUCCCUGCGCCACCUCAACGGCUUCGACUACUCGCCCACGGGGAGCCAGAGACGGCUAAUAGAGGACAAAGACGAGCAACGGAACUAAACCCAGACAGCUUCAUUUUUUCCCCACCGGACAGAAAACGGACACCACCGAGGACAUUGUGGAGAACAAAAAUGGAAACCCAUUUGCUGACCCAUGAAUGGACCAAAUGAUUACUUUGCAAUCGUGAAAAUGUAAAUAACACGCUAACAACAAAACAAAGCUAGCUAGCUUCGUUUAUGGAAAUUAAUAAGAAGAGCUGUAUAGCUAUGAUGAAAUAAUUAGUGGAACAUUUUUCAAACGAUUGUGAGACAUUUCCUGCCGUAAAAUGUGUCCACGUGUGAUUUGUGAUCGUUUCAGCCGAAGUGAACAACCGGUUUUCAUUUUAAUCUCCGCCCCCAUGGCGUCAUUAUACCAAAAAAAUGGAUCUAGAAAACAGAAUCACAUCCCAUUGUGAAGCGACUUCCUUAUUAUUAGAUCUUUUACGAUGUUACCUCAGCGCUGUCGAGUUCUGGAGUCUGAUUGGUUGAAUUAUUUCCUAUAGCAGCAGCUCUAACAGUAGCGCGGGGUUUCUAUUAACGCGCUCGGUCUGACGUGUUAUCGUUUCUAUAGCAACCGCUCGUUCACCGGUCCGUAUACGAAACGAAUUAAGAAGCGCCGUUUUCUGAGCAAACAGAAAAGUUUUUCGAACAGUCAGAUAUAAAACGGUCACCUUCAGGACGGAGGAGUUUACACUUCUUCUCAGAUCGUCAGUAACUCGAUCGUUCUGUUUCGUCUUUACUUCGGUAAGAGGAUAAAACCAGAGGACGGUGUGGUGAUGGAGCGACACUUUAUAGCUCUAUAACCUGAGGAACUUUUUAAAUUACAGAUGUAACUAUAAAGGGAUAAAAAGUACACUGUCCUGUAUGGUAAUGAAUGAAAAUCUCAUUGUCUCUAAGAACAGAGACUGCGCUUCAUCACACCAUCCCGUCGUUCAUUAUUUACCUCUAACGGCACGACUCGGUGUUUUAUUUCUUCCUUCGGUUUAUUUUCAGUGUUUGCUGCCUGAUUCUUAUGAAAGUUUGUUGCCAGGUGUUUGACUGUUUUUGUAUCCCGUGCUGUGGACGACAGUAUUGAGUAAAUUUUGCACUGAAAUAUCGACGAUGAACCUCCUGCUUCUUGUAAAGUGGUGGUGUAAAUAUUUAUUUUCAUACAAAUAUAAAAAUCAUCACAAAUCUCA